ACAUUGAGUUUCCUACAGACCGCAGUGGCUGAAUAUUCACACACUGCACGUGGUUCAGUCCACCGCUAGCGGAGCAGCAAGCAGACGUUAGCCUGAUUUGAACUACAAACGGUUUGUAAAUCAAGUUGUGAAAUGUGCGGAAUCUGGGCUUUGUUUGGCAGCGACGAGUGCCUGUCGGUGCAGUGCACGAGCGCCAUGAAGAUCGCCCACAGGGGCCCCGACGCCUUCCGCUUUGAGAACGUCAACGGCUUCACCAACUGCUGCUUUGGCUUCCAUCGGCUGGCCAUCGUGGACCAGCUGUACGGCAUGCAGCCCCUGCGUAUCAAGAAGUUUCCUUUCUUGUGGCUCUGCUACAACGGGGAGAUCUACAACCAUCGCACACUGAGGAAGCAGUUUGAGUUCGAUCACCAGACUGAAGUGGACGGCGAGAUUUUGCUCCACCUGUACGACCGCUUUGGCGUCCAGAAGAUGGCCUCCCUGCUGGACGGCGUGUUUGCUUUCGUCCUGCUGGACACCGCCAACAGGAAAGUGUUUUUGGGGCGCGAUACGUACGGCGUGCGUCCGUUGUUCAGGCUCCUCACAGAUGAUGGAUUCCUUGCUGUCUGCUCAGAGGCUAAAGGCCUUACGAACAUUACCCACGCAAUGGCCACCCCUGCCAACAUUGUCCCCUUUCUCCCCGGGCAUUUCGAGGUCUUUGAUUUAAAGCAGAAUGGCAAAGUUCAGUCUAUUGAGAUGGAGCAGUUUCACUGCUGCACGCAGGAGCCUGCGCAUGCCGUCUGCGACACCCUGGAGACGCUUCAGACGGGCUUUGAUGAGGAGACGGUUAAGAACAACAUCAGAGCCCUGUUUGAGAACGCUGUAAGGAAGCGUCUAAUGGCUCAGAGGAGGAUCGGUUGUCUUCUCUCAGGUGGUCUGGACUCCAGUUUGGUUGCUGCCACGCUGGUGAAACUGGCCAAGGAGGAGAAGCUGAAGUAUCCCAUCCAGACCUUUUCCAUCGGCUCAGAGGACAGCCCCGACGUCUUAUCGGCUCGCAAGGUCGCCGCUCACAUUGGCAGCGAACACCACGAGGUGAACUUCACCGUAGAAGAAGGCGUCCAAGCGGUAGAUGAUGUCAUCUUCCACCUGGAGACCUAUGACAUCACCACCGUACGUGCCUCUGUUGGCAUGUAUUUGGUGUCAAAGUACAUCAGGGAGAAGUCCGACAGUGUGGUGAUCUUCUCUGGAGAAGGUUCCGAUGAGCUCGCUCAGGGAUACAUUUACUUCCACAAGGCUCCGAAUCCCAAAGUAGCCGCGGAGGACAGCGUUCGACUCAUGAAGGAACUCUACCUGUUUGACGUUCUCCGCGCUGACCGCACCACCUCUGCACAUGGUCUGGAGCUCAGAGUUCCCUUCCUGGACCACAGAUUGACAGCGUACUACCUCUCCCUGCCUGAGGAGAUGAGGAUUCCUAAGCACGGAGUGGAGAAGUACCUGCUGAGGGACUCCUUCAAAGGUCUCAACUUGAUCCCCGAGGAGAUCCUGUGGCGGCGUAAAGAAGCCUUCAGUGACGGUCUGAUGUCUUUGAAGAAGUCCUGGUACAACUGCCUGCAGGACCAUCUGGACUCUGUGGUGAACGACGACCAGAUGAAAAAGGCCCAGAAGACGUUCCCUCACUUGACUCCCUCCUCCAAAGAGGCGUACCACUACAGGCAGGUGUUUGAGAAGCACUUCCCGGGCCGGGCCGGGUGGCUCUCCCAUUACUGGAUGCCACGCUGGAUCCAAGCCUCCGACCCGUCGGCCCGAACGCUGUCUAUCUAUGAACCGGAGAAAGACCAGUGAUUGGCUGCAGGAGCUGUGUGUCAGUCAGUCAGUCAGCGUGUCAUUUGUAGCUUUACUUAUUUGACCCAUGAUCUAUUUUAACUUUGUGGGUUUUAGGUUAUUACCUCAACAUGCUGUUUUUUCAGAUAGUGAUGGAGUUAGUCUGUAACAUUUGGGCAUUACUCAGCAACUUAGCUCCACUUAGCUCUCUCUUGGUUUGCCAGUGUUUUCGAGCUCGUGUCACCUGGUGCACACAGGAAGUGGUUUGUUUUAUGUCAAGACAAACGGUGGCGACAAAAAAAGCGUCCACAAAACGAUUCAGAAGUGACACCACUGCUCAAAUAAAAGGCUUUUUUGCAGCAGUUUGACGAGAUAAACGAUAAUCACUACCUCAGUCAAGUCUGAUAGUAUUGCCUGACAGCUUUUUUUAGAAGAACUGUGCAGCAUACAAACAGGAAAGUAUCAACAUCAUCGACCAUUAAUUACCAUAAAUGCACAAUAACCGUUUAUUUCGUCAAACUGCUGAACUUUUAGUGUAUUUUUAUUGAGCAGUUGAAUUCAUUUGGAAAACUUUCUUGACGCUUUAUUAGCGCAAUGUGUGCUGUUGCCCGUGUCGGCUGCUUCAAACGGUUAUAUGGAGAAACGUGCAGAGUCGUGUGGAGUCAUUUUGCGCUUGGUUGAUGGUGACAGACAUUCGCUUACAUGUAACGUUAACACACAGGGCAGAUUUAAAGUGCCUUGAGAUAACGAUGCAUCUUGUGUAUCGCUGCUUUGCUAAUAAAAUAGAAUUGUCAGACCCA